UACCCAAACUUAAAUCAAUAAUCUGGUAGCACUGAUAUCUAAACGACCUCAAUGAUCAUGCCUUUUAUGAAUGAUCACGGAAAAUGACGAGGGCUAACUUGAAGCAAGUAGAACACAUACAGGCAUACCGAAUGCGUUCAACAUAUCAACAUGUCUCGAAACUGACAUUUCACACAGCUUCAUCUCCAGAGUAAGCAAAAUCGCGAAGAUCAGUCCGAUCUGGAGGUUUAGUAGUGCCAGCGACUGGUAACGACUGAGUUAUCUAACUACUGUCAUCCAACCAAUUUAUCAGAAAUUAGCGGUUUUCAAUACUCGCCAUCGGAUACUAGCGAGCUUCAAUGACUAGAUUAAGCAUAUAGGUUACCAGUAAGAACGACCUAUUAGAGUGAUCAUCGAUCGUGCAGCUUCCAAAUCGAUGGACCUGUUAUCAACAAACCAUGGAGAUGACAUCGCCAACACUUGCCAAUAAUUUUGCAAAUGUUUGGACAAAUCGACGCAGUCCAAUCCAUCAUUUAACUACUACACAGGAUGUGAUCAACCAGGGAAAAUGUCUCUGUGGGGAAUACAUCCGAGCGCGACUGAGACGAUCUGGACUGCUGAACCGUAAAAUUUUACAGCGUUUGCGCAGCACGAUGGAAGUUCCUAAUUGUGUGGUCGUUCGUGAAACAUCGCCAAUUUUGAACGGCAUGGGCGAAGAGCUUGAACGAAUGCAUCCUCGUUUGUACACCAAUGUGAGUCGACAGAUUUCAGUAGAACCGUGGGGUGAGUUGACCGAACCAGACUCGGUCUGCUAUCUCCUACACAUCGUAGCAAAGGAUCUCUUCAAAACGGACAUUACCUGGGGAAAGGUGAUCUCACUAUUCGCGAUUGCCGGUGGCUUAGCCGUGGAUUGCGUCCGCCAGGAGCACUACGAUUACCUGCAACAACUGAUCGAAGGGACAACCGACGUCAUUGAGGAAGAUUUGAGCUUAUGGCUAGUCGAAAAAGGCGGUUGGCUUGGGCUUCACGAUCAUGUUCAUCCACCGCAGACCGAAAUUACAUUCCUCGGUUGGAUGGCGAUAACCAUAUCCACUCUAUUUGUGAUCUACUUAAUUUCGGUUUUACUUAAAUAUCUUGGCUCGAGCUAUCUGUCGAAAAUCUAACGAAAAGCAUCCACGCAAUUGUCCACAAUGCUUAUUUUAUGUUUAAAAAUAUAACCAAUUUGUGAUCAUAAAAAUAAUCGCUGAAAAUUUUUAAGCACUCUAUUCACGUAUUUGAAUGUUAUUUCUUAAUAUAGCUUAAGUGUAAGAGCAAAUAAAAAAACACACAUAAAGGUAAACGGCGACUAUAAUCAACGAACGAAAAGUGUAAUUUCAACAAAAGAAUACAGUGGUGCUCUUUGAUAUUGUCUACUGUUGAUGGUUUACCGAUGUACGUUAGUCUGCUUACGAAAUAUCCAGUCUUUUAAAAAACGUUCCAACUGCAAUUAUGAGUGAUACUAAUGCUCAAAGCAACAAAUAGCUAACAUGAACUUUUUUUUCUUUUGUGAUGAUCAUUGUAUUGAAUAAAGUUGUUGAAAUUCAA